CUGACUUCGAUUUUUCCGCUCUGCUUCUCUUAAUUUUCUUCCCAAACUUCUCCAUUUCAGCACCCAUCAAAGUACUACCUUUUGAUCACCUGCAAUUGAAUUCUUCUGUGUUGAACCUCAACAACCCUUCACUGUCCUCUACUGAAUUCGCUGUAUGGAGGUAAGCUAAAUUUCUACCCAACUUUGAUACUGUGCGCUACAUGCUUGUUGAAUUGCUCCAAUGGGUAUCUCAUCAUGCUUGGUAAAGGUUUUCCCUUCUACCAUAUCCUUAAACAAUCGAAAGCUCAUUCCUUUCAAAUUAUCUCAACGCCGUGAAUUGUUUGUCCCAAUCUCCGCCUCAAAUUCCCCCUCUGCCGCCACAAUUUCACUCCUUAAAUCCAAACACCUCCCGCUGGACUUCGCUCGGAGGCACCUUCUCGACACCCUUCGUCGGGAGAGUGAUGAAACCUCAGCUCUUAGCCUCUUUGAAUGGGCUUUAGAGCAGCCUGAGUUCGAACCCAGUCGGCAGAUUUGCGAGGAGAUUCUUCGCAAGCUUGGAAACGCGGGGUCUUUUGGUGCGAUGAGGCGAGUCUUGGAUGAUAUGAAAGAGUCCAAGGUUGAGAUUGGUGAAGGUACUUUCUUCAUCUUUAUUGAAAGAUAUGCCAAGUUUGAACUUUAUGAUGAGGCUAUUGGUGUUCUUGAUGUGAUGGAACAUGAGUUUGGUGUGAAACCAGGGAUCUUUAGUUACAAUUUAGUGUUAAAUGUUCUUGUUGAUGGGAAUAAAUUGAAGCUAGUUGAAGGUGUGCUUUCUAGGAUGUUGAGUGAGGGUUCAAACCCAGAUGUGGCAACUUUUAACAUACUGAUUAAAUCCCUAUGCAAAGCUCAUAAAAUUAGGGCUGCAAUUUUGAUGAUGGAAGAUAUGCCUAGACACGGUUUAUUGCCUGAUGAGAAGACUUAUAACACAUUAAUGUGGGGUUAUAUUGAGGAUGGAGAUUUAGAGGGUGCUUUGAGAAUUAGGGACCGAAUGCUAGCAGAUAACUGCCCUCCAACCAAUAUAACGGUUAACGUUUUGAUUCAAGGGUUCUGUAAAGAGGGUAGGAUUGAAGAAGCUUCAAAUUUUCUGCAAGAGAUGUCUAGCCAGGGGUUCUGUCCUGACCAUUAUACCUUCAACACUUGGAUAAACGGUUUGUUUAAAGCGGGACAUGUUUGUCAUGCUCUAGAUAUCUUGGAUAUGAUGCUUCAAAAGGGUAUUGAUCCUAAUUUAAUUACCUACAACACUGUGAUAUCUGGGCUUUGUGAAGCGGGUGAAGUGAAGGAGGCCGUUAAGGUUCUCACUCAGAUGAUUUUGAGGGACUGUAUACCCUAUCGAGUCACAUAUAACACUGUCGUCAGCACGUUGUGUAAAGAGAACCAAGUGCAGCAAGCCAUAGAACUUAGUUGUGUUUUUACAAGCAUGGGGCUCUUACCUGAUGUGUGUACUUUUAAUUCUCUGAUAAAAGGCCUCUGUUGGAGUAGCAAUUUCGAUAGCGCAAUGGAAUUGUUCCGAGAGAUGAAGACUGAAGGGUUCCAACCAAAUGUGUUCACUUAUAACAUUCUAAUCGAAUACGUUUUUGCAAAGAAGAAAUUGAACGAAGCAAUGGCCCUUUUGAAGGAUAUGGAAUUAAAUGGCUGUGUGAAAAACGUAUUUACAUAUAAUAUAUUGAUGGAUGGCUUCUGCAAGAACAAUAGAAUUAAAGAAGCUGGUGAAAUAUUUGAUGAAAUGGUACUGCAAGGGAUCUCAAGGGACUUGGUGACUUAUAACACCCUUAUCGAUGGUCUUUGUAAGGCCCAGAGAGUAGAGAAGGCGGCUCAGCUUAUGGACCGGAUGAUAAUGGAAGGAUUGAAACCCGAUACAUACACAUUCAACUCCAUUCUUCAUCCUUACUGCAGAACCGGUGAUGUCAAGAAGGCGGUGGAGAUAAUGCAAACCAUGACAUUGAAUGGCUGCGAACCAGAUGCUUUUACUUACGCUACACUUAUUCAGGGGCUCUGUAAAUCAGGAAAAGUCGAGGUUGCUACUAGGUUGCUCAUAACCAUCCAGAUGAAAGGGAUGGUUAUAGCACCGCAGACGUAUAACCCUAUAAUCCAAACACUCUUCAGACAAAAGAGAACGAAAGAAGCCAUGAAGCUCUUUAGGGAAAUGGAGGAGAAAGCUGAUCCUCCAGAUUACGUAUCUUAUAAAACUGUUUUCCGGGGCCUUUGCUCUGCUGGACCCAUUGAUGAAGCCGUUAACUUUGCUGUGGAGAUGAUGGAGAAAGGAUAUAUACCUGAGUUCUCUUUAAUCUACAAUUUGGCAGAAGGGCUGUUUUCUUUAGCUAGAGAGGAGACUUUAGCUAAGCUCAUUGCGACGAUCAUUAAGAAAGCAGACUUCUCAGAUAAUCAGAAGGGUAUGAUCAAGGGUUUCCUUAAAAUCUGUAAAUUUCGAGAUGCAUUGGGCGCUCUUGGCCGUGUCUUAAAUAGCCGUUCUCCCAAAGGGAGUUUUCUAAAGGGAAGAUUGAGAAUUGCCUCAAUGGCGGUCUCACCAUGCUUAGUAAAGGUGUUCCCCUCUACUAUAUCCUUAAACUACCGAAAGGUCAUUUCUUUCACAUUAUCUCAACGCCGUGGAACGUUUCUCUCAAACUCUGCCGCCACAAUUUCACUCAAAACCAAACACCUCCCGCCAGACUUCACUCAGAAGCAGCUUCUGGAUACCCUUCGUCAGGAGAGCGAUGAAACCUCAGCUCUUAACCUCUUUGAAUGGGCUUUAGAGCAGCCUGAGUUUGAACCCAGCCGGCGGGUUUUUGAGGAAGUUCUUCGUAAGCUAGGAAAGGCAGGGUCUUUUGGUGCAAUGAGGCGAGUCUUGGAUGAUAUGAAAGAGUCCAAGGUUGAGAUUGGUGAAGGUACUUUCUUCAUCUUUAUUGAAAGAUAUGCUAUGUUUGAACUUUAUAAUGAGGCUAUUGGUGUUCUUGAUGUGAUGGGACGCGAGUUUGGUGUGAAACCAGGAAUCUUUAGUUUCAAUUUGUUGUUGAAUGUUCUUGUUGAUGGGAAUAAAUUGAAGCAAGUUGAAAAUGUGCUUUCUAGGAUGCUAAGUGAGGGUUUAAAUCUGGAUGUCUCAACGUAUAAUAUACUGAUUAAAGCACUAUGCAAACAAGGUAGGAUUGAAGAAGCUUUAAAUUUUGUGCAAGAGAUGUCUAGCCAUGGGUUCUGUUUUAACCAUUUUACCUACAACACUUUGAUAAGUGGCUUAUGCAAAGCAGGACAUGUUUGCUAUGCACUAGAUAUCUUGGAUUUAUUGCUUCAGGAGGGUUUUAGUCCCGAUUUAGUUACCUAUAACACUGUGAUAUCUGGACUUUGUGAAGCGGGUGAAGUGAAGGAGGCAAUUGAGAUCCUUACGGAGAUGAUAUUGAUGGAACGUUUACCUGAUAGUUUCACAUAUAACACUAUAAUCAGCGCCUUGUGUAAAGAGAAUCAAGUGCCACAAGCCAUAGAACUUAGCUGUGUUCUUACAAGCAUGGGAAUCUUACCGAAUGUGUUCAUAUUUAAUUCUCUGAUAAAUGGCCUCUGCUUGAGUAGUAAUUUCAAUAGCGCAAUGGAAUUGUUCCAAGAGAUGAGGACUGUUGGGUGCCAACCAGAUGAGUUCACUUAUAACAUCCUAAUUGGCUACCUUUGUGCGCAUAAGAAAUUGAAUGAAGCGAUGACCCUUUUACAGGAUAUGGAAUCAAGUGGCUGUGCGAAAAGUGUAAUAACAUGUAAUAUAUUGAUUGAUGGCUUCAGCAAGAACAAGAGAAUUGAAGAAGCACGCAAAAUUUUUGAGGAAAUGGUACUCAAAGGGAUCUCAAGGGACUUGGUGACUUAUAACACCCUUAUUGAUGGUCUUUGUAAGGCCAAGAGGGUAGAGGAGGCGUCUCAGCUUAUGGAUCAAAUGAUAAUGGAAGGAUUAAAACCUGAUACGUUUACAUACAACUCUAUUCUUUAUCCUUACUGCAGAGCAGGUGAUGUCAAAAAGGCUGCUGAUAUUAUGCAAGCCAUGACUUCGAAUUGGUGUGAACCGGAUGUUUUUACUUAUGGUACGCUAAUUCAGGGACUCUGUAAAUCAGGAGGUGUCGAGGUUGCUACUAGGUUGCUUAUAACCAUCCAGAUGAAAGGGAUGGUUCUAGCACCACAGGCAUAUAAUCCUAUAAUCCUGGCACUCUUCAGACAAAAGAGAGCAAAAGAAGCCAUGAGACUCUUUAGGGAAAUGGAGGAAAAAGCUGAUCCUCCAGACUACGUAUCACAUAAAAUUGUUUUCCACGGCCUUUGCUAUGGUGGAGGACCCAUUGAUGAAGCCGUUAAUUUUGCAGUCGAGAUGAUGGAGAAAGGAUAUGUGCCCGAGUUCUCUUCAUUCUCAAUUAUGGCCGAAGAGCUUUUGGAUUUAGCUAGAGAGGAGACCCUAGUUAAACUCAUUGUCAUGAUCAUGAAGAAAGCAGACAUCUCAGAUUAUCAGGGCUUGAUUAAGGAUUUCCUUAAAACCCGAAACUUCCAAGAUGCAUUGGCCACUCUUAGCCGUGUCUUAAAUAGCGGUUAUUCCCAAGGGAAUUUGGUGAAGGAAAGAAUGAGAGUUGUUGAUGCAAAUGGGAAAGAUAUUUGUGAAAAGGGAGGGGAGAAAAGGCUGUACUUGUAAAGUUUCUCCAGUUUUGAAGCAUCUCUUUAGGUGUUAGAAUUUUGAGAUUAGGAAAGCAUAAAAGACUGGCUGCAACUAAUAUAAAGUAUUGUGUUUCUUCAACCUUCAUUUGCUUGGUGCAUUUUUUGGUUGUCUGGUCAUGUUCUGGCUUUCUGCCCUAUAAUAUAUAUUAACCUAAUGACUUAUGGUAACAAGUUAAAAAUUGUAAUAGACAUAUGUUUCCUCCCCAACCCGACAAAGCAUCUGGGAGGAUGUAAACCAUAUG